AUGAAUAAAACCAAAGCAAUCAGUGGAUCAGCAAUUCCAAAGGAAAAGAAAAAUGUUAUUAUUAAACGAGAUAUUGUACGAAAGAAGGAACCACUUAAUAUUGUCUUGUGUGGACACGUUGAUGCUGGAAAAUUAACUAUCGAUGGACAACUUACCAUUUCAACUCGUAAAGGUGAAUUUGAAACAAGUUUUGAACGUGGUGGUCAAAUUUGUGAACAUGCGAUGUUAGUUAAAACAGCUGGUGUUUGUUAUUUAGUUGUUUUCAUCAAUAAAAUGGAUAAUCCAAUUGUUAAUUGGGAACCAUCAGGAUAUGAUGUACUCAAGCAACGCUUAUUCUAUGCAUUCGCUAAUCAUUUUCUGAAAGAUAAAGGAUGUUGGUGUACUCGAAGAAGUUUAUAUGAUAAUUUAACACGAAAAAAAACUUAUGAUACUAAUACAUUAUACGUUUCGGAAUUAAAACGAUGUUUAAAUGUAUUUGAUUUGACUAUUUUGGGUAUUGGUUCGACACUUGGAACAGGUAUUUAUAUUCUUACUGGUCAAGUAGCUCAUGAAACAGCAGGUCCAUCUGUGGUCCUUAGUUUUCUUAUCGCAGCUAUUGCUUCGGUUCUUGCCGGACUUUGUUAUGCUGAAUUUGGUGCACGAGCACCACGUGCUGGAAGUGCCUAUACAUAUACAUAUGUUAGCGUAGGAGAAAUUAUGGCAUUUAUUAUUGGUUGGAAUAUGGUCUUAGAAUAUGUUAUAGGUACCGCUAGUACGGCACGAGCAUUAAGUGCUUAUUUUGAUUCUCUAAUUAAUUUUACAAUGAAAAACUUUUUUAAAGAACAUUUGCCAUUACAUUCUGGCAUAUUUUCAGAAUAUGCAGAUUUAUUUGCUAUGGGUUUAUGUCUUAUUAUAACUCUUCUUUUGACGAUUGGUAUUAAAGAAUCGGCACUAUUAAAUAGUGUUCUUACUGCUGUCAAUCUUAUUGUUGUUACUACUGUUAUUAUUGCUGGUUUAACUGAAGUUAAUGGACAUAAUUGGAAUAUUUCACCGAACGAAAUAGGCAAUAUAACCAAUAGUACAAUGAUAAUUGGUAAAGGUGGAUUUUUUCCAUUCGGUAUUGAAGGAACAUUAGCGGGUGCAGCAACAUGUUUUUAUGCUUUUGUUGGUUUUGAUCUUGUUGCAACAGCUGGUGAAGAAACUAAAAAUCCACAACGAGCUAUACCAUUUUCUAUCUGUUUAACAUUACUCGUUUGUUCAAUAGUUUAUUGUUCUGUAUCAAUUGUUAUUACAUUAAUGGUGAGAGAUUUGUUAUAA